UGGCACGCACGCAAGCAUCUGAACCCGUGUGGGAUCCGUACUCUCUUCCCUUUCCAUGGCGGCCUCAUCUUCCUCUACGUCCUCGUCUGAUAGAGAUCGCCGCAACCGUCGCCGGCGCCACCACCGCCACCGGGACAGAGACAGAGAGAGAGACACUGCGAAGGACCGCAAGACGAGCCGGUCUCACUCGAAGCGUUAUCGCAGGCAUCAUUCUUCCGACAGCGACUCUUCUUCAUCCUCUUUCGAUUACAGUGACAGUUCUUCUGACAGUGACCAUGAAGCUUCUAGUCAUUCAAAGAGACACAAACAGAAUGAUAGGCCAAGAAAGGACAAGGACAAGGGAAAGAGUCAUAGGCACAAACGUCAUAAGCAUAAAGUAAAAGAGAAGAAGCAGCAGGAUGAGAGAAGUAGCAGCCCUGUUCAGCUUUCAAAGUUUCUGGGGCGUGACAAAGAAGAUGGUGUUCGCCGCAGUGCCGUCUCUGGCAAGAAGAUUCUGUUGAAACUUGAGAAAUCAAAGGAGGACAAGUUGGCUGAAAAUAAAAGAAGUGAAUUGCUGAAAUUCUUGAAUGCCAGUUACGAUUGAUUAUUGAUGGAGUUAAAAGGUUGAAGUUAAUACAAUUUUUAAGGGGAAGGAAUCGUUGGUGGAGUGUGCACAGUUCAAGUCGAAGAUCCGAAGAUCCUUUGCUGAUUUGCUUCAUUGGGGGGUGGGGUGGGGUUCCAUGGUAUUUAGAGGCUCACAAGUCUAGGGAAGUCUGGUCAGAAUGUAUUUAAUGAAACCAAAGCUAUCUUUCAUGGGGAUGACUUUGUCGUCGUCUAUGGGAUAGUGACUUUUAUUUUUUUUAUUUUUUUGGUGUGAUUAAUAUCUACUAUUUGGACGAGACAUGAGAUUCAGGCCUUGAGAAGCAAAGAUUUUAUUUGGUCACCAGUUUGGUGAAAAUGUUUGAAUUAA